UGUAGCUGUGCCCUGUGGGUUUUUCCCCUUUCCUCUCCAUUAUUAGUUUACCGUUUUUCUCACUCUCUUCAGUUAUGUUUAUUCAUUAAUCACUCUUUCCCUUCAAUCCCCAUUUUCCCUCUGCGUAUAACAGUCACAAGCGCCAUAGCUUCACCAACAACCACCUUCUUCUUCUUCUUCUUCAGAGCUUCAAUGGCAGCACUGUUUAAACCAUAGACGCGCUGAGAGCGAAAGAAGCUCUUGCAGUUGCAGCAACAUCUCGUUCUGUGCUCUACAGACCUCUAAUGGAAGCUCUGUGGAUUUUCAGCUUCGUUUUGGUUCUGGGGUUGGUUUUUUCGCCAAUUAAUGGCGACCCAGUUGAAGACAAGCAAGCUCUGCUUGAUUUUGUUAAGAAUCUCCCUCACUCUCGCUCUCUUAAUUGGAAUGCGGCUUCCCCGGUUUGUCAUUACUGGACUGGUAUAACUUGCAGUCAAGAUGAAUCUCGUGUUAUAGCCGUUCGAUUGCCCGGAGUUGGCUUUCAUGGCCCGAUUCCGGCGAACACUCUCAGCCGGCUGUCAGCGCUGCAAAUAUUGAGUCUCAGAUCCAAUCGUAUAACGGGGGAUUUCCCUUUGGAUUUCUCGAAUCUUAGUAACUUGUCUUAUCUUUAUCUUCAGUUCAACAACUUCUCUGGGCCAUUGCCUUCUAAUUUCUCUGUCUGGAAGAAUCUCACCUUCGUGAAUCUCUCUAAUAAUGGCUUCAAUGGCCGUAUUCCUUAUUCGCUUUCUAAUUUGACAGCACUUACGGGUUUGAAUCUGGCAAACAACUCUCUCUCAGGAGAAAUACCUGACCUCCAAAUUCCCAGAUUGCAGGUUCUGGAUUUGUCUAACAACAAUCUGAGUGGGAGUGUGCCUCAAUCUUUACAGAGAUUUCCAAGCUCUGUAUUUGUAGGCAAUGACAUAUCCUUUGCAAGUUCUUUAUCAAACAAUCCUCCCGUACCCGCGCCAUUGCCCGUGUUUAAUGAAAAGCCGAAGAAUGCUGGGGGGCUUGGAGAAGCAGCAUUGUUAGGAAUUAUAAUUGCUGGUGGUAUUUUGGGGCUUCUGGCAUUUGGCUUUCUAUUCCUUGUUUGCUUUUCAAGAAGGAAGAGAGAAGAUGAAUAUUCUGGGGAUCUUCAGAAAGGCGGAAUGUCGCCGGAAAAAGUGAUAUCAAGGACUCAAGAUGCAAACAACAGAUUGGUUUUCUUUGAAGGGUGUCAUUAUGCUUUUGACUUGGAGGAUUUGUUGAGGGCUUCUGCUGAGGUCUUGGGGAAGGGAACUUUUGGUACUGCAUAUAAAGCAAUCCUAGAGGAUGCCACCACAGUUGUUGUUAAGAGGUUGAAGGAUGUAAGUGCUGGGAAACGCGAUUUUGAGCAGCAAAUGGAGAUUGUUGGCAGUAUCAGGCAUGAGAAUGUGGUUGAAUUGAAGGCUUACUAUUAUUCCAAAGAUGAGAAGCUGAUGGUUUAUGAUUUCUUUGGUCAGGGAAGUGUCUCGGCCAUGUUACACGGUAAACGUGGAGAGGAAAAACCCCCAUUAGAUUGGGACACUAGACUGAGAAUUGCAGUUGGUGCAGCACGAGGAAUAGCCCGUGUCCAUGCUGAAAACGGCGGGAGGCUUGUCCAUGGAAAUGUGAAAUCCUCAAACAUCUUUCUGAACUCUCAACAGUAUGGAUGUGUGUCUGAUCUUGGACUAGCAACUAUAACAAGCUCACUCUCUCCACCUAUAUCCCGUGCUGCUGGUUACCGAGCCCCAGAAGUGACAGACACUCGCAAGGCAACACAAGCUUCAGACGUUUUCAGCUUCGGUGUGGUGCUCCUCGAGCUUCUAACCGGAAAGUCACCAAUUCAUGCGACAGGUGGUGAAGAGAUUGUCCAUCUGGUUAGAUGGGUUCAUUCAGUUGUCCGAGAGGAGUGGACAGCUGAGGUAUUUGAUGUAGAGCUGAUGAGGUAUCCCAACAUAGAGGAAGAAAUGGUUGAGAUGUUACAAAUAGCCUUAUCAUGUGUGGCCAGGAUACCAGAUCAGAGACCCAAAAUGGCGGAAAUUGUGAAGAUGAUUGAAAACGUUCGACCGAUGGAAGCCGAGAAUCGACCUUCUUCCACGAACCGAUCUGAAAGUUCAAUGCUGCCACAAGCUGUUGAGACAGAAAAUUCAACCUCUUAGUAAGUUGUAGCCAAUUUGUUCUUUUAGUUCUUACCUCUCAUAUUUAGUAUUUUGCCAAGCUUUACGUUUUUUUUUCUUUUAGAUUUGAAUCUCGUCUUCAGAUUCUAGUUUUGCAACAGUUUAUGAACUCAACUGUUAAAUUUAUUUUUCUUCAACUUGAUUUGAGUUGGCUGAAGAAAUUCAAAUCAUAUGAGCUUGUUAUGUA